AUGGCAAGCAGAAGCCGAUCCUCCUCAUCCUUACGUUCGGUAGAAACGAUCAACGGUAGUGACCAAUCCAAGGAAAACAGCAAUGGGAAGCCCAAGGGAAAGAGUGUUGGUAAUGUUGUCCUCGUCUUCGGAUGCCAAUGGCUUUCCUUUGAUGCUGGCGACUUCCGGCGUCUGCGAGCCACUAUUCUCGAUAGUCCUGAGCAUCAUUGGAUGAUCGAUGUACUAGACGAACUGCCAGCGCACUAUCGGACUGCAGCGGAGACAGGGCAUCUUCCUUCUUUGAACGCGAUACCCGGGGAGAGAGAACUCCGGGAGCUAGAUCGGUGGUUCCGUUGCGAUGAUCUAUCCACAGCAAAGUUUCCGCUGAGUUAUACCCAACUGGCACCUCUGUUGAUGAUGACCCAUUUUGUGCAGUAUGGGCAGUACCUCAAGUUGACUAAAGCGAAACUGGGAUGUAAGAGGGAAAAUGUUGGAGCGGAAGGUUCGAGCGCCGUUGUCGAGAUCGUCGGAUUCUGCAUUGGGCUUCUGAGUGGAGUCGUGGUCUCUGCUGCGAGGAACCAAGAGCAACUGCGACGAUUGGGUGCUGUGGCACUAAGGCUGGCGAUCUUGCUUGGGGCCUUGGGGGAUGUGCAGGAGAAAGAAGAGGCAUACACGAGUCUGGCGACCGCGUGGAGAAAAGCAGAUAUUGAGGAGCAGUUGGAUAAGAUCCUUGAUCAAUACCACGGGUCGUAUACAACCGUUCGGUAUGACGAAAAUCGCGCGACAGUAAUGGCACCUCGGAAAAAUGUGGUCGACUUGCAACAGUCGCUGCAGUCUGCAGGCUUCACUGCGACUUUGGUGGACUUCAAAGGGCGGUAUCAUUGGCCUGGACAUGAGAAAAAAUUACCUGCUUUAUUCGCCCUCUGCAAAGCCGAGCAAGGCUUUCAGCUCCCAGACGCCUCGGAGCUAACUCGCCCAUUGCGAACGAACACCAGUGCCGAACCAGUCCGCUCCGGGCCUGUCCACGAAAUAGUGCUGCGAGCGGUCUUAGCUGAGCCCUGCGAAUGGCACAAAACGUUCUCCGACGUAUACGAACAACACCUCACUGGGCCCAGCUCACUAGUGGUCGAAUUCGGGCCUGAACGAUGCAUUCCACCGAGUUUUCUUCGCCGUCUACCACAGCGUGUCAUCCACUUUGCCGACCUUGAACUACCCAAGACUUUAAACCGCGACUAUGAGCUUGCCAGUCGGCCUCCGGCGGAUACCGAUAUUGCUAUUGUUGGGAUGGCCUGUCGGGUCGCUGGUGCUGACGAUCUCAACGAGUUCUGGGACCUCUUGUGUGCCGGCCAAUCCCAACAUUGCGAGAUGCCCAGAGAACGACAUGCAAACUACGAGACGCCAUGGCGUCCUGAAGCAAGCAAGCGGAUGUGGCUCGGAAACUUUGUCCGGGAUAUCGAUGCCUUCGACCAUAAAUUUUUCAAGAAGUCACCUCGGGAGGCAAUGUCACAGGAUCCACAGCAGCGGCUUAUCCUCCAAGUCGCCUAUCAAGCUCUAGAGUCGGCAGGUUAUUUCUCUCGCUCCUCUAAGGACAAAGACAUAGGUUGUUAUAUAGCAUCGUGUACAGUGGACUAUGAGCACAAUGUCAACUGCCACACAGCCUCGGCAUAUGCGGCAACGGGACUGCUGCGGAGUUUCCUGGCAGGCAAGCUGUCGCAUUACUUUGGGUGGCGCGGGCCGUCACUCUGUAUUGACACAGCCUGCUCAGGAUCUGCUGUAGCUCUGCAUCAUGCUUGUCGAGCCAUCCUGAAUGGGGAUUGCAGCGCUGCGCUGGUUGGUGGUGCGAAUGCAAUUACCAGUCCGCUGGCAUAUGAUAACCUCACGGGUGCUUCGUUUCUUUCACCGACGGGUGCAUGUAAACCAUUCGAUGGGCAAGCAGAUGGAUACUGUCGUGGGGAAGGGUUCGUGACCAUAUACGUCAAAAAGCUCUCUGAUGCGCUGGAAAAUGGAGAUAAUAUCCUAGCCACCAUUGCUGGAACGGCAGUUGAGCAAAACGAUAACUGUACCCCAAUUGUCGUUCCGGAUGCACCAUCAUUAGCAGGGCUUUUUGAAAAGGUCACCCGUCGGGCACGGCUGCAUCCACGGGAUAUUACUGUUGUCGAGGCGCAUGGAACAGGAACCCAGGCCGGCGAUCCCGCAGAAUACCACAGCGUACGUGAUGUAUUUGGAGGGCCAAAACGUGCUGGGCAGCUUGCCUUGGGAUCUGUCAAAGGGCUUGUCGGUCAUACUGAAGGAGUAUCCGGUCUGGUGGCACUCGCCAAAGUCGUUAUGAUGAUUCACGGGGGCCAAAUCCCGCCGCAGCCAGGUUUUGAAAGCCUUAACUCGCAUAUCAAUGCUAAGCCAGAUGACCAUAUCGAGAUUGCUAAGCACAUGCGUCCAUGGGAGGCCGGAUUUCGAGCGGCGCUGAUCAACAACUAUGGUGCGUGCGGGUCUAACGCAACAAUGGUGAUCACCCAGGGACCCCAGAGGAGCAGAUCGGUAUCUCGGGGGUUACAAGCGGAGGGCGUUGCGCUUCCUUUCCGCUUGUGUGCACUCGACAAAUCACGAUUGCAGGCGUAUGCAGCACGAUUGCGACUUUUUGUAGCUCAACGAGAAGAUGACAAGGACAUGACAUUAGCAAACCUGGCGUUUAAUGCCGCGCGACAGUCGAAUCCUAGUCUGGAUUGCAAGUGCAUCUUUCGAGCAAAAUCGAUACCUGAGCUUACGGCUCGGUUGGCGGGAAUCGAACAAGGAGAGGAGAGUGAUAUCGUUCGUGGAAGAAAAUUCCUUCCUCCAGUCAUCCUGUGUUUUGGAGGGCAGGUCGGAAGAAGCGUUGGACUGAACAGAGUUCUAUAUGAUGCUGUUCCUCUUUUAAGACACCAUCUUGAAGCUUGUGACGAUGUACUGAAGACCGCAGGCCAGAAGAGUAUAUUUCCCGGAAUCUUUUCUGCAGCGCCCGUUCCAGAUCCUGUUCAGCUCCAGACACAACUCUUUUCACUUCAAUACGCCUGCGCAAGAAGUUGGAUUUGCUCGGGGAUACAAGUAGCGGCAGUUGUUGGGCACAGUUUUGGCGAGCUGACGGCGCUCUGUAUAUCUGGUGUGCUCUCUUUGUCGGAUGCACUGACAGUUAUUGUGCGUCGUGCGGCGAUAAUCCGUGAUAAUUGGAGCAAUGAUGCGGGCGCCAUGUUGGCAGUUGAGGGCGAUAGACUUCAAGUCGAGCAAUAUUUGCAUGGAUCCUUGGCAACCAUCGCCUGCUAUAACGGUCUUCGCCGUUUCACCAUUGCGGGGCCUACCUCAGCUGUGGAUGACCUUGAGAGCAAGCUAGAGGUAAAUCCUGCGUUUCGUACGAAACGACUCGACGUCACGAAUGCCUUCCAUUCCACCUUGGUAGAUCCAUUACUUCCUGCCCUGGGGUCUGCCACAGAUGGCGUGUUGCUGCAUGCCCCGUCCAUUCACCUUGAGCGUGCCACUGCAGACUCAACAGAAGGAAGACCACCAUCGAGUGUAAUAGCGGACCAUCUUCGACAACCAGUUCAUUUCGGAGCUGCUGUUCAACGCCUUGCUUCGCGAUAUGAUUCCGCUGUCUGGCUCGAAGCUGGUUCCAACUCCACAGUCACGUCUCUGGCCCGAAAAGCUCUCGAAACCAGCGCUGCAGGUCACUCAUUCCAUGCUCUCAAUAUAACAUCAAGUGGUGCACUCGGAAAUCUGAUCAGUACCACGAUUGGGCUGUGGAAGGAUCAUAUUCCAUGCGAAUUCUUCGGUCAUCACGCACGGCAGGCCAAAGAGUAUAGUCAUCUUUUCCUUCCACCCUACCAGUUUGAGAAGUCCCGCCACUGGAUGAAAAACAAGCCUCUGCCGGCGGCAGAUCGAGAGGAAUAUGCAAAGAAAGACGAUCCGCAAAAUGAGGACCCGUUAUUUUCUUGUAGCGGGUAUGUUGACUCUGACCGCCGGGCAAUGAGGUAUUCUAUUCAUACUAACCAUCCUCGGUACAUCGCUGCUGUGUCUGGGCAUGUGGCAGCAAAAACAGCUCCUAUUGCACCCGCGUCGGUACUGUUGGACUACGCCGUUGAGUUACUCAGAUCGCUUCCUGAAGGAAUGGACAAAGUACCAUGUGUUUGGGACGUAGGUAGUGAUGCACCACUUCUUCUGGACUCAAACCGCGACGUAUGGAUUGAGUUGCUAAAGGAGAUGGGGAGCAGAAGUACGUGGGAACUCAGGUUUCUAAGCGAAGCGACGAAGGCCAAAGCUCCCAGGCGGCUUUUGCAUUGUACCGCGCGAAUAACCAUGCACGAUGCUAGUGAUGGGAUUCUGCAAGCAGAAUUUGCCCGAUACGCACGACUAGUCAGCCAUCGCAAGUGUGUGGAGUUGCUGUCGGACCCGAAUGUUGACGAUAUUCUCCAAGGUAGAAAUGUUUAUCGUGCAUUUGCGGAGAUAGUGGAGUAUUCUGACGCCUAUCGCGGGGUGCAAAAGCUGGUAGGAAAAGGGAACGAGAGUGCUGGCUGCGUUUUGAAGUCAUAUUCAGGGAUAACGUGGGCAGAUGCAUUCUUGUGCGACUCGUUCAGCCAGUGCGGUGGCUUCUGGGUGAACUGCAUGACCGACAGGGAUCAGGGGGAGAUUUAUGUCGCCAGUGGGAUGGAGAAAUGGGUGCGCACGCCAUUGUUUGCAGAUAUGGCGUCCGCCAGGCCUAGUACAUGGCACGUCUGGGCACGCCACCACCGCGCCGAUAGCUGGUAUACUAGCGACAUAUUUGUUUUUACGCCCGGUGGCGAAUUAGUGGAGAUGUUCCUGGGCCUGCGGUACUCCCGAGUAGCAGAGAGCCUGUUCGUCCGUCUCCUAGGUGGUGGUCCAUCAGAACGCAAGGAUACAGACAAGCAACAGACCGCCAGACCUACGCCGUCCAAGGAUCUAGCUGUUCGCGUCAGACAGGUCGUGGCCGAAUUUUGUGCGGUCGAGCCAAGUGAAAUUGAGGACGGGAGCCAACUUGCCAACGCUGGAGUUGAUUCGCUGAUGGCAAUGGAGCUCGCUCGCGAACUCGAACAGAUAUUUCAGUGCACUCUUGUGGUUGAAGCAUUGCUCGAGGCGGACACAUUCGCAGACCUGGUGCAAAUUGUGCGAAAUGCAGUAGGAGACGUGGCAGACAGCGGCAGCGAAUAUAGUAGCGAUGACCAUACUGCAAGCAGCGGCGAGAGUGAAUGUCUGAUUACCUCCAUGGAAUCAAUUACCAGCGUCUCUGACACGAGCGAUUUGCAUCUGCCAGAGAUGGCUGUAGUGCAGACGUUUGGCAAGAUCAAAGCUCAAACCGACGAUUUCCUAGCCGACAAUCAAUGUAGCGGGCGACUACAUGAUUUUACUCCCUUGCAGAUCGAGCUGUGUCUUGUGCUGACACUGGAGGCGUUCAAUACGCUGGGAACCGACAUUCGGAAUGCGCAUCCUACUCAGCGACUUUCCCGUAUCAAAUAUGAUUCGCAGCACGACUCACUGGUGCAGUAUCUGUAUGAUCGGCUGGUCGAAGCUGGACUAGUAAUCCUGGACGGAGCCACGGUUAUCCGCACACAGAAACAAGCACCGAGCCAUUCGAGCGCCACUAUUCUUUCGCGAAUUGAGAUGGGGUAUCCCGAGUAUGCAGGCGCGAGCAAACUCACUUUCUACACUGGGGGUAGACUCGCCGAGGUGCUGCGUGGGGAGCAGGACGGGAUACAGCUGAUUUUCGGGACCCGGGAAGGCCAGCGGCUAGUGUCAUGGAUGUAUGGCGAGGAGCCACACAAUGUAGCCGGAUACAAGCUCAUGGGUGAGUUCAUCAAACGGCUCGUUCAGAAGCUCGCUCCCACAACCAAAGACACCGGACCACUGAAGAUCCUCGAGAUGGGCGCUGGAACGGGCGGUGGCACCAAAUGGUUCUUACCAUUGCUGGCUGCUCUGCCAAUAGCUGUGGAAUAUACUUUCAGCGACAUCUCACCAGCAUUCCUGGCACAAGCAAGACGCAAGUUCCAUGAUUAUUCGUUCAUCCGGUACUGUGUGCACGAUAUUGAAAAACCACCAUCGCACGAGCUUCAGGGAAGUCAACACAUCAUAAUCGCGAGUAAUGCAGUGCAUGCGACCUCAAAUCUGCAGGUGUCGACAAAGCAUAUGCGGCAAGCUUUGAGGACCGAUGGUGUGUUGAUGAUGCUGGAAAUGACAACACCUGUCUUUGCAAUUGACUUGGUGUUUGGCCUGUUUCGCGGGUGGUGGGUCUUUAACGACGGACGCACGCAUGCGAUUACAAGUGAGCAACGCUGGAAACAGGAUCUCCAAGCGGUAGGGUAUGGCCAUGUCGACUGGACGGAUGGACAAUCCAACGAAGCUAGUGUACAGCGGAUAAUCUUCGCAACUGCACAGUGUAGCCAAGAACACCUUGCACCGUGUCUGAACCAGACGGCAAGAUCGCAGGCCGUGGAAAAAUAUGUUCGUCGGACAGUCGAAGGUUUUCGUGCACCCUUAGCCAAUCCACAGGGUAGAGUUAACCCCCGUGAAGCAUGCGUCCUACUCACGGGAGGAACGGGAAGCCUGGGUACUCAUCUCGUCGCACAUCUCGCACGGCUACCGGACGUCCGCAUGAUAGUGUGCCUCAACCGAGUCAGCAAGAUGAAACCAAAGGAGCGGCAAGAGCACGCACUCGCUGAACGAAAGUUGAGCCUUUCCACAUUGGAGCAAGGCAAGCUGGUCGUCCUAGAAGGUGACACGUCAAUGCCUCAACUUGGGCUCACGUCCGAUCAAUACAACUCUCUCCAGUCUAAUGUCACUCAUAUUGUUCACAACGCGUGGCCAAUGGACGGGAUAAAACCGCUUUCCAGCUUCGAAGGGCAGUUCCGGGUGUUACGGAACUUGAUCGACCUAGCAAGCGACAUUGUAGCGGCAGAGUCAAGACCAGUCCGCUUUCAAUUCGUCUCAUCUAUCGGUACAGUCAAGGGCGGAGGAGCGCUUGAGGAGCAGACAGGCAUCGAGAAGGUCAUGGCGAACGGAUACAACGAGGCAAAAUUCGUUUGUGAGAGAGUGGUGCAAGAGACGUUGCAGCGGUAUCCGCAGGUCUUCCAGGCGAUGAUCAUCAGGCCAGGUCAGAUUGCUGGCUCACAGGAGGCGGCGUACUGGAAUACGCACGAGCACUUUCCAUCAAUGGUCAAGGCUUCACAUACACUCGGUGUGUUCCCGGCGCUGAAGGGGGGAAUGGGAUGGACACCGGUAGAUGUGGCAGCUCAAGUGAUGUCGGAAUUGCUGAUUGAGAACGGUGCGCCCGAUGGCAUUUACCAUGUCGACAAUCCAGCACAGCAGGACUGGGCCAGUGUUGUGAGUGUGUUAGCGGAGGAGCUGGGAGCGACAACCGUCCCGUUCGCGGAGUGGCUUCGACGAGUGAGGCAGCAUGGGAUCGACAGCGGAAAGAACCCCGCCAGUCUGAUGGCCGAUUGGCUCGAGGAUAAUUUCGAAAGGAUGUCGUGUCGAGGAGCGAUGGACACGCGUGUGGCGCAAAAACAUUCGAAGACGCUGCGGGAGAUGCAGAAGGGUGGCCAAGUGCGAGCGGAGACGGUGAGAAAAUAUGUGCGCAGCUGGAAGGAACGUGGCUUCCUGCCGUGA